UUUGCUGUAUUUACUACUGAAGUGUUGCUAAAAGUUCAACAGAGCUAAUUCGACAUCCAAACUCUUGCACGUGGUAUAUUUGGAUUCAACACCAAGUUCUGCAUUACCAAGAUCAAGUAACUUAUGAGUUUUGUUGAUUCUAACUCUAGUGAAGAUUUUGAUUCUCUUUUCACCCUUUCUGAUUUAGACUUAAGUCCUUUUAAAAAGGCUAGGUUUAUAAGUGAGAGUGACAUGGAAUGUGAGUUAGAAUUUACUAAAGGUCCUAACUACAUCCCUCCUCCUACUCCGUGCAACGAGAGUUACAAAACAGAAGAUAUGUCAUCAGAGGAAACAUUAAGUGCUGGGAGAAGUGAGGAAGUGAAGGCACUCGAAAACAUUGGUAUAGAGACUGAAUUGUUUGGGUCAGAGAGCACAGAGGAGGAUAUGGGUGGGGAAGAGGUGGGUGAAGGAAAGGGGGAGGGGAUCCCUUCGAAUAUUUUAGAAGUUAAGGGUGGGAGGGAUAUGUGUUAUGAUGUGGAGGCAGACAAUGUGUUUGAAGUAAUGGGGUAUGAGACUGAAUGCCUAAGUAGGGAGAGCUUGAUUCACAUAGUUGAAACGAGAGAUGCAGAAGUGGAAUUUUUGUCUACUUGGAAUGCGAAGAAAGCAAAUCAGAAUAAGUAUAGUCUGAAUAGGGAUGAAGAGGAGGAGAUAGAGAAGUUGGUGAAAAAGGGAAUUGAUGGUGUAGACAUCAUGUAUCUCGCCAACUCAACUGUUGUGGAGGCGGCUGAGCUUUACGGAGCAAGCUCUUUGAAUGAAGCUAGGGGGGUGGUAAUCCCUAAGAAGCCACAAAAGAAGUCAAAGACUUCUGUAGCUACUACAAGUCAAGGGGGAGCUGAAGGCAAAGAAAAGGGGCAUUUUUCCAGUACCUCAAUCCAAGCUCCAACACAUGAGAGUAAAGGGGAUGAAGUGGUUGAGUUCGUACUUUGUCCUCCCCCAAUUGAGCUCGAUCCAGAGCUUAAGGAGAGCAUAACAGUUGAGAAGAGGUUUAUAAACUCAACAUUUCCUAAGGUGGAUCGUCGCCGAGCGAGGGAAGAAGUGCUAAGUCAUGGUAGGGUUGGGAUUGUUCGGCAUGUCCUUGAGGAAUUUUUUGAAACCCUCAAGGAACGUAACACCUUGGCAAAGGAAAAUGAGGAUUUGGGGAAGAAGAAGGAGGAGGUAGAGAAGGAUCUAGCAAAGGCUAUGCUAGAGCUCGUGCGGCUUCAAGAGGAGAAUGAUUCAUUGAAGAUGAAGCUCGUGUUUGAGGAGAGGAAGAGGAAGAUGUCUUUCUCUGACUGUAGAAAGAAAGUGAAAACACAACAUCCUAAACUGGAUGUGACUGGUGUCACCUUUGGGGAGCAAGAAAGAGGAGUGGAGGAAAAUGGUGAGAGCAUGAUAGCUGACUUUUGUCUUGAAGUCGAGCUAAAAUGGGAUCACAACAGUGAAAAUUGUACCAUUUUUCCUCUGAACUUCAACUUCAAGUUUGUUGCAAUUGAGGAGGGAGAACCAUAAGUCAGAAGUGCUGAGGUUGGGGGUGCUGAGGUUUGAGAGAGAACAAACUAGAGUAAGAAGUCAACCAGCAACCUCCACCAGCAGAGUCGCGAGCCUUUAUUUGUUUUGUUUUGAUAUUUGAGCAAUUUAUUUGAAGGAUUAUUGUAAUUUAUCUUCACAUUUAUGUUAUUAAUUCAUUUGUGAUUUAUUAUAUUCAUUUAGUUAUGUUAUAAUUAUUUAUGAUAAAGAUUGAAAUAGAGUCUAAGUUCGC